AUGUCAGAAAUUANUAUGUAAUAUAUAAUCAAAAUAUUAAGCGGAUGUGGUGGAUCCUUCAAUUAAGCAAAUUUGAAAAAUGGCAUGUGGAUCGAACAAGAUGAUGACUUUUCAGAGUAAUGACAUGAAUAUUUGCGUAGGUGUAACACAAUACUUCAUAUAGGAUAAUAUUAAGAUGGCUUAAAAGUAGGCUGUUGGAACUAAGAAAAAUUAAAAGACAGCAGUUUGAAUAUUUAAUCUUAUCAUGUAAAUAGAUAAUAACCAUAUUUUUAGAGGUUUUAUUAUUGA